AACUGUGUUCUUGGUUUUUUUUUUAAAAAUGGCAAGUAAUGAGACUUAACUCAAUAAAAGAAAAUACACCAUUACGAGGUCGCUACAAUCUCAUCUUUAAUGACGUUUUGUGUCAUUACUUUACACUUUUAAAAAAAAAUCAAAAACGCAGUUCGAUAGAGACAAAUUUUCCCUACAAUAUGUGAUCAAACUUAUAUCGGGCUGAUGUCAAAAAUGCAAGCACCAAUCCGUGAAGAUUUGCUAUUGAUUCACAUUUUUCAUUGUGCUUUUUCGGGUAAGACUCCGUAUUUGAAUAUAUUAUAUUGAGUUUUUAUUAAUCCAAUUUAAUCAUAGAAUAAGAAAGGAUAGAUUUAAUUGUUGGACUAUAAAUUGGUAAUACUUAUGGAUCAAUUGGUUUUUUUCCGAGUUACCAUUUGACGAAACAAUUAUUUUGGCUGGUUUUUUUUCUUAAUUGAAGAGGGAACAUAUUUAAUGCAUCAAUGGAAUGAUGUCUACCAGUAAAAUAAUUUAUUUUCAUAAAUCUUAAAAUAAAUGCAUCACAUCGUAAGGUUAUCAGACUAUUAUUCUUUUAGCAAGUGCUCCACAGUGAAUAUGAGACUAUAUUAAAGAUAAUGUUUCCCGGUUAUGUCUUCUGAUAUUAUAUCAUAUGAGAAGAUGAAACACUAAUUUUAAUGUCACGAUGCCAUACAAUGAAACACCUACUAAAUAAAUACCAUCGGACUUUAGAUGGCGUUGGAUUAAAAUUGAAAAUUCUAAUAAUUUCUCUUUAUUCAUUAAUAUAUUAAAAACAAUAUUUGCAAAUUCGAAUAAUCAUUGAUAAAUAUUACUUUUCUCAUUUAUCAACAGAUUCUUAUUAUAUUUUGAAUUUGCUAAAUAGUAAUUUUGUUUUUAGAUUUAAUUAUAAACAUGGAUCUAUUCGUUGGUGUCGCAUCACCUUCAACACAAAUUCCUGAAAGUAAUGUUUUAGACGAUAUGCGUCGUGAAGCUGAAACAAAUGCUCUUCGAAUAAUUCAAGCUAAAUUAGAAAAACCAGAAAAUCUUGAAAAACUUGAUCAAUUACGUACUGCUGCUGCACAACGAAAGGUUCUUAUCUAA